ACUGAGGUCCAUGUGAAACUUUUAUAAAGAUGGAGUUUAUUAAAGAGGAGAGAGAAGAUGUGAAGUUUAAAGAAACAUUCAGAGUCAAACAUGAAGAGACUGAGGAACAAACAGACCUGAUGGCACUGAAAGAGAAGAGUCAAGGAAUGAAUGAAACAGAAGAGAAAGAUCAAAAUGAGAAACAUCAUGAUUUCAAAACUGAAGAAAAAUCAAUUAGUUGUUCACAGACUGAAAAGACUCAGAAAUUACAAACUAAAACCCUUAAUUACAACAUAAUUCAUAUUGGAGAGAAACCUUACACCUGCAAAAUGUGUGGAAAGUGUUUUACACAUAAAAAUAACCUUAAAGUCCACAUGAGUAUUCACACUGGAGAGAAACCUUACACCUGCAAAGUGUGUGGAAAGUGUUUUACUCUGAAAAAUCACCUUAAUGUCCACAAGAGAAUUCACAGUGAAGAGAAACCAUUCAUAUGCCCUCAUUGUGGAAAGAGAUUUAAACAGAUACGUACCCUUAAUGUCCACAUGAGGAUUCACACUGGAGAGAAACCUUACACCUGCAAAUUGUGUGGAAAGUGUUUUACACACAAAAAUACCCUUAAUGUCCACAUGAGAAUUCAUACUGGAGAGAAACCUUACACCUGCAAAUUGUGUGGAAAGUGUUUUGCACAUAAACGUACCCUUAAUGUCCACAUGAAUAUUCACACUGGAAAGAAACCUUACACAUGUGAGCUGUGUGGAAAGUGUUUUACACAGAAAUAUCACCUUAAUGUCCACAAGAGAAUUCACAGUGAAGAGAAACCAUUCAUUUGCCCUCAGUGUGGAAAGAGAUUUAAACAGAUAAAUAGCCUUAAUGUCCACAAGAGAAUUCACACUGGAGAGAAACCAUUCAUAUGCCCUCAGUGUGGAAAGAGAUUUACACAGAAAUAUACCCUUAAUGCCCACAAGAGAAUUCACACUGGAGAGAAACCAUUCUUAUGCCCUCAGUGUGGAAAGAGAUUUACACAGAAAUAUACCCUUAAUGUCCACAUGAGAAUUCACACUGGAGAGAAACCUUACACCUGCAAAGUGUGUGGAAAGUGUUUUACACUGAAAAAUCACCUUAAUGCCCACAAGAGAAUUCACACUGGAGAGAAACCAUUCAUAUGCCCUCAGUGUGGGAAGAGAUUUAAACAGAAAAAUACCCUUAAUGUCCACAUGAGAAUUCACACUGGAGAGAAACCUUACACCUGCAAAUUGUGUGGAAAGUGUUUUACACAUAAAAAUACCCUUAAUGGCCACAUGAGAAUUCACACUGGAGAGAAACCUUACACCUGUGAGCUGUGUGAGAAGAGUUUCACACGAAUUGGAGAGCUUAAGAUUCACAAGCAUUCACAGUGAAUUAAACAGAAAAAUACCCUUAAUGUCCACAUGAGAAUUCACACUGGAGAGAAACCUUACACCUGCAAAAUUUGUGGAGAGUGUUUUACACAGAAAAAUCACCUUAAUGUCCACAUGAGUAUUCACACUGGAGAGAAACCUUUUAUCUGCAAACUCUGUGGAAAGAAUUUCUCACAUAACAUAUACCUAAAGAAUCACAUGAGGAUUCACAACUAGAGAGAGUCCGUUCGCAUGUGGUCAGUGUGGAUAGAGUUUCAGAUAUAAAGAAAGCCUUAAUAAUCACAUUAAGUUUCAUUCAAGAGAGAACAGUUUUAAAUGUCAUCAGUGUGAAAUGAGUUUCACAGAGAGGGAACAUCUUAAGAAUCAUGUUAAAAUUCACGUCUGAGAAAAGCCUUUACUGUGCCAUCUCUGUGGAAAGAGAACUUUGCUCAACUGGAGGAAGCCUCAAGAAACACUUGAGAAUUCGGCUGGUCUCCAUGUUUGGAAACCUAUAGUCCCAGUCAAAAUCAGUCAGUCCAGUAUGGGAUGACAAUGGCAAAGAAAACACUAUUUUGAAGAUGUGGAAGAAAGUUUGUACACAAAUUUGAGAUGUGGCUAACAGAGUUUAGCAGUGUGCUACAUAUGGAGAAAUUCUGAUGUGAAAUUGCUGGUAAACUGAAGAGAUUCUUACAGAUAUGGAAACUCUUUUAAAUAUCUUGAAGGUGAUAACUGAUUAUUCAUUUCAACACUCUAGACAAGGGAUAGGCAACGAUGGUUCUGGGUACCACUGUCCUGCAGAUUUUAGCUCCAACCCUAAUCAAACACACCUGAACAAGCUAAUUAAAGUCUUCAAAUUUACAAGGGCUACAGGCAGGUGUUGGUUUUUUCAAGGUUUGAGCUAAACUCUGUAGGACAUCGUCACUCCAGGACCACGUUGCCUAUCCCUGAUCUGGACAUAUUGUCUGUGUGGUGUGAAAGAGUAUGUCUAGUAAGGUUAUCAAGCAGCUAUUGAAUAAUUGGAUAAUAUUUUGUACUGGAAUUUUAUUUUAUAUAGCCCCCCUCCCAAUUUUAGAAAACAUUUGAGGCAUCAUAAAGAAGAAGAUGUGACAAAGAAGACCUAAAAGAGUUGACAUCCAAACAAUUUGACCAAUAACAUGCAGGUAUUGUUCAUAAUUGACCAAUUGUGGGGCUGGGCGUGAGAGGGUGAGAACUACAAGGAACGAUCAAAGCGGUCCAAACGUGUUUGUUCUGUCGUUUGACCAAUCUAAAAAAGACACCAAAGUAGGAUCGAGAGAGCAAAUCGAAAGCAUUAGGAGCUGUCUGCUCUGCUCUCUAUAGCUCAUGAAUGUCACACAACCUGGAUAUUUUAGGCAAUAUUAAAAUCCUGGCCAGGACGUGUCCCGUAUGAACGGCGCAUGUGGCCACUCUAUUGAGAAUAAACUGCUUACCUGUGCUCCCACUUUCCAGUGAUCACUCCGGUGUAUUCUCCUGUUUUCCUUGUCAUCCAGUUGUCAUCGUGUGUAUAAGUGCUCCAUGUGUGGUUGUAGCUCCAUGUAGCUUCGCUUUUCUGUUGAAUCUCCAUCUUACUAUCACUCUCUGUUGUCUAAAGUGAUCAAAUAUAAACCUAAUUCCCACCAUAUAUUAUCUAUCAAACUAAUCUGACCAUUCGCUUUUAACUUUACAUUGCAAAUGCUUUGCCCAUACACCGCAUUAGCAUUCGUUAGCUUGUCAUUCACAUUUCCACUCACGCUUAAAAAGUGCUGGCUAAUGCUAAACAUAAAUACAGUAAGUAUAAAUACAGUAAGUUCUAACAUCAUUCUAACUAAUGAUGUUAGAAUUUUCCCCAGUCGGAGAUCACUAAAAAUAACAUUAAACUGUUAACCUGCACCCCGACGCGGGCGUCCUCAAUGCCCCUCAACUCGCAGGUGUCAGUGUUUAUGAAUAGAUUAAAUGAAACGGGAAAAAUUUAAUCUUGACAAACUAUGUAUCAUUAUAAACGUCUAAGCCUCAAGCAUCGACGACAGAUCGCUGUUUUUGAAUGGAAAGCUUAUAAAGAAUGUAUUUGACUAGAUUUGUGUAAGCAGUACACAUCAAAACAUGCACAAUGGAAACGCAGUACAUACCAGAUUCGUCGUUACAACGAGUCAUAAACACAUCCACAGCUGUAAAUCCCAGUUUAGUUAGAAAGGUAAGGGUCCACUGAACGACAUCUCAUGGAGCACGUUUAGUCCAAUGAAGCAAUAACAUUGUAAUAUGCAUCAUAAUUCCUUUGUUUACAUUUCAGUUCUUCAGCAUCAGAACUGUUUGCGUCCGUUAUGGAAUAACUCAUGGUCAGAAACUGUAUCUUGGUAGUAAAAAAACGGCAUGGUUUUGCAGCGUACAGUGUCACAAACAGAAUGAGAUGAUUCACCAGAAAAAAAUUAUGAAUGAAAGAUAGGCGAAAGAUAGUUUAUUUGAAUUUUGUCUCAUGGCGGCUCGUGACGUGCUCUGAUUUGAGCCCAAAUCAGCUCGCUAUUACUGUAUGAUAACGGCUAUCAAAGUGAACGUGUCUAUCAAUAGAGAGAGUGGAUUAUUUACUUUAUGGCACCUUUGUGUUAUUACCAUCUGUAUAAGUGGCCAUCAGCACAUCAGCCCUUAUUUUCAUUGUAAUUCAUUGUAAAUGCUGCAUUUCUAGCAAUCUCAGGAUGUUCUGUAAUUGGCAAAUAAAGGUAAAUCUUUUUUAUUAUUAUUAUUCUUACUCAAGUUAUUCUUACUGUAUUUUUUAGUGCUCAAAUAAAUCACUUAUAUGAUGUCUAAGUUUCUGUCUAGUGUUUUAUAAUUGAAAAAAAAACCUAUGCAGUGGUAUGUUUAAUGACUAAAUAGUUUGUAGAAGCCUUCAAUACUAUUGGUAAAUAUUUUUAUAUUUGGGGGGUGGG